AUGAAAGACCUCGACCGAGGCGUGCGCCUCGUCGCGGCGCAAAAGGACGCUUGGGCUUCCCUCAGUCCUCAGGAGAAACUCGCAAUCAUUGACGAACUGAUGGAUCGGCUGCAAGCUUUUUCCACGGACCUCCAUGAGGCUUCGAUCGAAAAACGAGAUGAACCGGAGCGUGUGCCGAGGGACGACAGUCCAUCGCAAACAGCAGGGGGAGGCGAAGCCUCACGGGCAACUGGAGAACUCGAAGGAGGAUUUGCGUGCCUCGUAGGCAUUUGGUUGAGCGUCAUCCGAGAGUACUUUGAAGCGGUCGUCGCCACAGGGAAACCGCCGCCGCCUCUCGCUGCAAAGCCCGCGGAGGGCGGAACAGCGAACGGCGAGGGCGAGGCCUCAAACCAGAGGCCGACUCGACAUUUUGUAAAGGUUGGCCCCAAGGGUUUACUCUUCACCACAUUGCUGACCUUUGGGUCCAUGGAACUUCUCGUCGAAGGCGCCGUCGAGCAAGAGCUUCUUCACGAGCGCCCUGGAAACGUCGUUGCCAUUCUUGGGGCCGGCAACUUUGAUGCGCCAAUCGACGUGCUGACCUCGCUGUUUGUGGAGAACAGCGUUUGUGUGUACAAGAGCAGUCCGUUCAAUCCACGUGUGGCGCCAGUGGUGGAGCAGAUUUUCAAGCCUCUGUUCGACCGUCACUUUCUUCUUUUCGUCGAGGGCGACGUGAAACAGGGCGAGGCGCUCCUCCACCACGAGUGCGUGACGAAGUGGUACAUGACAGGGUCUAUCGCCACAGCCAAUCGGAUUCUCUGGGGCAAGCCGACGCCGCCGCCCCAGACUGAGCCUGCGCCGAAGCCUCUCCUCGACAAACCGUUCACAGCCGAGCUCGGGUCUUGCACGCCAUCUUUAGAGUGGCCUCAGCGCCCCGUGGCUGGGGCGCCAGGGCGCGCCUCACGUGUCCUGCGCGAUGCUCAGCUCCUGUGCGUGGCCGUCUACGAGAGCGCUACAGUGGCACGCACGACUGAGCCUCUUUCCACUGCGCCUCUGCAGAACCUCGCGGCGGGGCUCCUCUACAACGGCGCUCACAUUUGCGUUCAUCCCCAGAUCGUCGUCACCUGCAAGAACUGGCCGCAAAGGGAAACUUUCCUCGACCUCGUGCGGCACUACCAGCGAGAGACGCUGUACGUGGGCUGCUACUAUCCCGACUACGCCGAUCGCAUCCGAACUGCGAGGACGAGACUCAUUGAAAUGGGGCGGAAACCCGAGGACUUUGAGAUUCCGGUCUCCGUUCCUCUCUCGGGGCGUUUCGCCCAUGCGGAAAUGAAGUCCGUCAUUUUUGUGACGGAUAUGCCGGAAGACAACUUCGUUGCUGUGGAGGAGAUGUUUGCGCCUGUCUGUGCAGAAGUGGCUCUCGACACGCCUGCCACAGUUGCAGAAUUUUUGCCCAAGGCGGUACAGUACGUGAACGAGAAGGUGCGUGGAACGUUGUCUGUGAGCGUCUCCGUGAAGCCAAAUGGACCGAAAGAUGAACAGGCCGUAGAAGAUGCGAUCGUGGAUCUCCGCUACGGCUCCGUCCACGUCAACACGUUGACGAUGCUGGCGAUCGCCUUCCCGAGCCUCAUCUGGGGAGGGCACCCUGGCGGUUCUCUCUUGGAUCUUCAGUCCGGCAUUGGAGUUUACGGCAACUGUUACGGCUUCAAACGCCCCAUCAAGUCGGUCCUCCGAGCACCUUUCCUCAACUUCACUCAGUUGCACGACCAGUAA